AUGUUGUCAUCUUUCUUUGGGAAGAUACUGAGGACACAAACAACACGUAGAAUCCUGAGCCAAGCGGGACGGUUCAUCCCCAAGAACCUGCCUCUUCACACUCAACGGUUCUUAAGCACCAAGAUCCAGCUGAGAAGCUACCAAGAGGAAUGCAUCCAGUCGGUUUUACAGUCCCUGCAAAAUGGACAUAAAAGACUGGGCAUUUCGCUGGCCACUGGCAGCGGCAAGACUCCAAGGCAAGACCGCACCACGCAGACUCUCAUCCUCGCCCAUAGGAGAGAGCUCGUGGAGCAAGCUGCGAGGCACUGCACCAAUGCAUACCCAGACAAGUCAGUCGAUAUUGAGAUGGGGUCUCUGCAUGCCACGGGCACUGCAGACAUUACUGUUGCUAGCCUCCAGAGCAUCACAUCCGGAGAACGACUGGAUAAGUUCGACCCGGAGAGAUUCAAGCUGGUCCUCGUUGACGAGGCUCAUCACAUCGUCGCUCCCGGAUACAUGCGCGUACUCCGUCAUUUCGGCCUUGACACCAAGCAGGCCGACUCUCCCUCCCUCGUGGGCGUGUCGGCCACCUUUUCACGGUUCGACGGCCUGAAACUCGGCGCUGCUAUUGACGAGAUCGUCUACCACAAGGACUACGUAGACAUGAUCGGCGACAAAUGGCUAUCAGACGUUAUCUUCACUACAGUCGAAUCGACAGCCGACAUAUCCAAAGUCAGGAGCGGUGCCAACGGCGACUUCCAAGCCGGAGAACUCUCCAAGGCCGUCAACACGGAGAAGAUCAAUGAAAUCACCGUGCGAAGCUGGCUUGCAAAGGCAGCAGAAAGAAAGUCGACUCUCGUGUUCUGCGUCGACCUGGCUCACGUCGCGGGACUGACGCAAACGUUCCGCAAACACGGAUUCGACGCAAGAUUCGUGACUGGUGAUACGCCAAAAGUGGAAAGAAGUGCCAUCCUGGAAGCAUUUCGUGGGGGAGAGUUUCCCGUGCUCGUAAACUGCGGAGUGUUCACCGAGGGGACGGAUAUCCCAAACAUUGACAGCAUCAUUCUCGCUCGACCAACGCGAUCUCGAAAUCUGCUCGUACAGAUGAUUGGCAGGGGCAUGAGGUUGCACAAAGGAAAGACGGACUGCCAUGUCAUUGACAUGGUUUCCAGCCUUGAGACUGGCAUCGUCACAACACCGACGCUCUUCGGCCUUGAUCCGGGCGAGAUUGUUGACCAGGCGUCGACGGCGGAUAUGCGUAAGACUAGUGAGAGAAGGGAGGCAGAAAAGAUUCGACAGCACCAAGCUUACGACGCGUCCUCGAGCUCUCAAUCCGUGUCCGCGGGCUCGGUCACUUUUACCGACUACAACUCUGUGUUCGAUCUCAUCGAGGAUGCAUCGGGGGAGAAGCACAUUCGGGCCAUCAGCCAUUAUGCCUGGGUACAGGUUGGCUUGGACAAAUACGUUCUCUGUGCCCCCAACGGCAGCUUCAUCAGGAUUUCCAAGCUGGAUGUCGAAGCUGGGAAAAACCAGCCAGCUUGGCAGGCUGUUGAGGUCAGGGCCCUUCCGCCUGGUAUUUCCAAGUCACCAUUUGCUGCUCCGAGAGAACUCUUGAGGGCCGCCACGUUCACCGACGCCGUGCACGGCAGUGACAAGUACGCCUCGGAAGUGUUUCCUCAUGUAUUCAUCCACCGGUAUCAGCGCUGGAGAAAGGGGCCGCCGACCAAGGGACAACUCGACUUCCUCAACAAGCUGCGUACGAAGCAAGAACCGUUGACAGCUGAUGACGUGGACAAGGGCAAGGCAACUGAUAUGAUCACUAAGAUGAAGCACGGGGCGAGGGGCAGGUUUGCCAAUAUACUGACGGAGAAACGGCGUGUGGAACGCCACAGCCAGAAGAAAGCCCAGCAAGAGGCACGGGAGAGGGUCUCGGUUGGACCUAUAUCGUCAUGA